AUGGUUAAUUUCUGUCUUGGCCCUGGAGUAAAUAAGCCGUAUGAUUCAAUAGGUGUGUCAGCGGCUAAAGGAACGGUCGUCUCAUCACUCAUAAAGAUGAAUAAAAUAUAUUUUACCGUUGCGAUUGUAUUAGCAGUUGCGAUAAUUUCUGUGCGAAGUAACGAGACACCCUCAGAACAAUGCGCAGGUCAAAAUUUCGACAAUCUUCACAAGCGGAUCCAGGUUAUUCCGUGCGGAAAGUCACACUGCAAGCUGCGUAAGGGCACAAACACCACCGUAGAGUUCAAAUUUAAGCCGAAGCAUGAAGUAAAAAACCUUACAAACGACGUCUACGCUUUAAUUGGUGGCCUCCCAUUGCCGUUUGUCGGCGUGUCUGGGGUGAGUGCGUGCGAGCAGAUAAGGCGAGCUGACACCGGCGAGCAUGUACCCUGUCCGCUGGCGCCUAAUCAAGAAUAUAUAUACACUAAUUCCUUCCCCAUAGAACCAUUCUAUCCACAAGUUCCUCUUCGUGUCCACUGGGGACUCAAUGAUGGGGCUAAGGAUAUCAUCUGUUUCGAAGUACCGGCUGUUAUUACACAGAUGAAAAAAAAC